UCUGUUUCUCUUCUCUUAUCUAGCUAGCUAGCUAGCUACAUGAUCCAAUGCCGGAAUCAUCAUCCAUCCACUAAUCGGAAAUUUGAAUUAAUGGCGCUCAACCAGGGAAGAACGUCCUUCUUCCUCGGAAUUAUCGUUUUCCUGUCCCUGCUGCAAUCAACCCUCGCACAUAAUGACUGCAUUCCCAUUCAGUGCAGUAAGAAUGGACCAAUAAUUCGAUUUCCAUUUCGAUUAAAGGAACGACAGCCCCAACACUGCGGCUAUCCCGGUUUCGAUGUUUCCUGUUCCGACAGCAACGACGCCAUGCUUCUCCUUCCUGUUUCUGUUCAAGUUCACAUCACCAAGAUCGAUUAUUCAACCCAGUUCAUACAUAUUCAGGAACACGGCGGUUGCUUUACGCAAAUACGAUUCCUUAACCUAUCUGCCUCCCAUUUCAAUUUCACCGGAACUAAUUCUCGACUUGAUGACUUCACCAUAUUCAGCUGCUUACCAAAAGAUAAUGAUUCUCAGCGUCGUCUCAUCGAAACCUGCCUCGAUGAUCCUCAUGACCCUGCUCGCAGAAUUUACGCCAUUGACUCGUUUACUGGCAUCGAUUCGGCCCCAAUUUUGUCUUGCAAGAAGAUGUAUAACAUUUCAAGAGUUCCAUCUUAUGUACUUGUUCAAGACUAUGAUAUUAGGUUACAGUGGCCUCAUCGUAUAUGUGGAGACUGUGAAGCACAGGGCAAAUAUUGCAGAUUCAGAAAUAACAUUGCCAGCGGCAAUGGAACCGAAUGUUAUGGCCAAAUUGAAGUACCAACCGACCAACAAGGUGUACACAAGAGUGUAGUGAUAGCGUUGAUCGUUGUUGGAUUAUUUAUUCUGUUGACAUCAACUGGUGUUGUGUGUUAUAUACGGAAACAAAAGAAAAAAGAUGAAGCCAAGAUUGAGAAAUUUCUUGAAGCUUAUAGAGCUCUCAGGCCUGCAAGGUAUUCUUAUGCUGAUAUCAAGAAAAUUACAGGUGAUUUUAAGGAGAAAGUAGGGGAAGGAGCAUAUGGAACUGUUUUUAAAGGAACCCUUUCCAACGAUAUUCAUGUUGCUGUUAAGAUCCUAAACAGUUCGAAAGGAAAUGGACAAGAGUUUAUCAAUGAGGUAGGAAUCAUGGGUAAAAUCCACCAUGUCAACAUCGUGAGGCUAGUUGGGUAUUGUGCCGAUGGAUUCAGAAGAGCUCUUAUCUACGAGUUCUUUUCAAAUGAUUCGCUUGAAAAGUACAUAUUGUCUGAUGCGGAGAAAUCGUCGCUAGGAUGGAAGAAUCUAGAGAGUAUUGCUCUUGGCAUAGCCAAAGGAAUUGAAUACCUUCACCAGGGAUGCGAGCAACGCAUAGUUCACUUCGACAUAAAGCCCCAUAACGUUCUCUUGGACAGUAACUUAAUCCCUAAGAUCUCUGAUUUUGGACAAGCAAAGCUAUGCUCGAAAGAACAAGGCGCUGUUUCAAUGACCACAGCAAGAGGCACAAUUGGAUACAUUGCUCCGGAAGUGUUCUCUAGAAACUUUGGCAGUGUUUCUCACAAAUCUGAUGUGUAUAGUUUUGGGAUGUUAUUACUUGGGAUGGUGGGAGGGAAGGAGAAGAAGAAUGAUGAUGUGGACCGAAUAUAUUAUCCUGAGUGGAUUUACAACCAAUUGGAUGGCGGCGAAGGGCUCGUUGGAGUCCAAGUUAUGGAUGAAGGAGAUGACGUGAUAGUGAGAAAACUGGCUAUCGUGGGACUUUGGUGCAUCCAGUGGUAUCCAAUCGAUCGACCAUCGAUGAAUGUUGUGGUACAAAUGCUGGAGGGAAACGGAGGGAGCUCACUUACCAUACCUUCUAAUCCUUUUGUGACAACAAAUCCCGAUAGACUUUCUUUCAAUAGCCAAUUGGAAGUUAUAGUUGAAUAAGUUACUAUAAACAUUGUUUCAUAGCACUUCCUCACAAGUAGUGUUUAUUUCGAACUUAUAUAGUGGUUAUGUAAAGUUUUUUUUUUUUUUUUUGAAUAUAAUGGUAAAAAUGUAUAUGAAAUAUAGGUGGGAAUAAUAAAUUGAGUAUCAAAUUUGCACGAA